GUAGCGGCCGAGAAGGACGAGUUUCGCGGUAUGUACGAGAGUUUAGUGAGUUACUGUGAGUUGUGGAAUGAGUUGUAAGUGACGACACUACUACAGGUGAGGAUCAACUGAGUACGAGUGAACUAUUCUACAAAUACGGACCGUUCCGGAAGACCUCAAAAACUCCAGUUUGACAAGGACCGACGAUGGUGAACUAUCCUCGACAUCUAAAGAGUGAAUGCUGAAAUUUUGGGGCUGAGCAUGGUGUGGCUGUGUCCAGUGUACGUGCUGGUCUGUACGAUCACAUGUGGCUACGCUGCGACACUCCGGCACGCGCGUCACCAGGCCGCCCCACUAGUCAGCCCGCCUGACCAUAGACACCCUCCACUAGAUAUCCCUUCACGAUACGAUGAAAUGGACAUGACGGAGGACGCGCCCGAGGACCCGCCGCCUGAGGAGUCCCUUCUCGUGCAGACCCUCAAGGGGAAGGUGCACGGUAUUACUCUCACUGCCGCCACAGGCAAGUUGGUUGAUGCCUGGCUUGGCAUCCCUUACGCACAGAAACCAACAGGUUCUUUGCGCUUCAAACACCCUAGGCCACCCGACCGAUGGGAUCAUGUGUUAAACGCUACGAAGCAGCCUAACUCGUGUGUUCAAAUUUACGACACCCUCUUCGGAGACUUUUCAGGUGCAAUGAUGUGGAAUCCGAACACGCAAAUCUCGGAGGACUGUCUGUAUCUGAACGUGGUCGCGCCCAAGCCUCGGCCUCAAAAUGCCGCCGUCAUGGUGUGGAUUUUUGGCGGUGGCUUCUACUCCGGCUCCUCGACCUUGGACGUAUACGAUCCUCGCAUCCUGGUGUCAGAAGAAAACGUCAUUUACGUGUCGAUGCAGUACCGUGUCGCGUCACUAGGCUUCCUCUUCUUUGACAACGGAGACGUGCCCGGUAACGCCGGCCUGUUCGAUCAGCUGAUGGCCCUGCAAUGGGUUCAUGACAACAUUAACUUUUUCGGUGGCAACCCUCACAACGUCACUCUCUUCGGCGAGUCUGCGGGGGCCGUCUCCGUCUCUCUUCAUCUCCUCUCGCCACUCAGUAGAAACCUGUUUAGUCAAGCCAUCAUGGAAUCAGGGGCGGCAACAGCCCCUUGGGCCAUCAUUUCGCGAGAUGAAAGUAUCCUCCGGGGCCUCAGACUCGCCGAAGCGGUCGGUUGUCCCCACACCCGCCCGGAGAUACCGGAGGCGAUUGAAUGUUUGAGGAAGAAGAACGCGUCGGAACUAGUAGACAACGAAUGGGGCACGUUAGGCAUCUGUGAAUUUCCGUUCGUCCCUAUUAUUGAUGGAGCCUUCAUAGAUGACCUCCCCGUAAGAUCUUUGGCAACCAAGAAUUUCAAAAAGACCAACAUUUUAAUGGGCAGCAACACCGAAGAAGGGUACUACUUCAUAAUUUACUAUUUAACCGAACUGUUUAGAAAAGAAGAGAACGUUUAUGUGAAUCGCGAUGAAUUCUUACACGCUGUCCACGAAUUGAAUCCUUACGUCAACAAUGUUGCCCGCCAAGCCAUCGUGUUCGAGUACACCGACUGGCUCAACCCCGAUGAUCCCAUCCGUAACCGAGACGCUCUGGACAAGAUGGUCGGUGACUUCCACUUCACCUGCAACGUCAAUGAGUUCGCCCACCGUUACGCUGAGACCGGCAAUAACGUUUACAUGUAUUACUUUAAAUAUCGGUCCCUUGGGAACCCCUGGCCGUCUUGGACCGGUGUCAUGCACGCGGAUGAGAUCAACUACAUCUUUGGAGAACCACUGAACCCAGCUCUGAACUACCAUCCUCAAGAGGUUGAACUUAGUCGUCGUAUGAUGCGCUACUGGGCCAACUUCGCUAAAACUGGUAACCCCAGUAUGUCAGAGGAUGGUACUUGGACGGCGACCUACUGGCCGGUCCAUACUGCCUACGGCCGAGAGUACCUCACUCUGGAUGUCAACUCCACAGCUACGGGUCGCGGCCCUAGACUCAAACAGUGCGCAUUUUGGAAGAAAUACCUUCCACAGCUGAUAGCCAGCACAGAGAAACUACAAGUGCCGGUAGUGGACCCGCCCUGCUCGAGAUCCUGGACGGCGGUGGCGACCCCACUGGUGCUGCUGGCCUGCCUGCUCGUCGUGUAACGUGCCACUGUGUUCCACGAUAACGCUUAUCAGUUCUAAACACAACUAGGGCUAGUAUCUAGACUGUAAAUAUAAGCCGCACGCCAGGGUCACCGCAACUCUGACCUCCCUGACCCCGGAGUCAACUUCCGACGACCCCGACGUGAACAUUUUAAAUCAUAGAUAAUAACGAUUACUUUGUUUUGUAUGGUUUGUGAGAAUAUUGAGUUUGACAAUAAAUAAAUAGUUAUGAACUAUAAUGAAUUCCGCCGAAUAAGGUACAUUCGCAAACAAACACUGCAAGUGUAACAUAAAGAGUGUAUAAAGGUUUUUAUGUGUAUAAACAGCAAGUAAUUAGUGUAGACCGCUCGCCGCCGCCUCUCUGUUACCUUCUGUUACUUUGCUGCGGAUUAGAGGUGUGACAUAUGACUGUAUCUGUGUUGAUCUCCUCUCUCAGUCGACAACGCUGCAAUGUACCGUGAUCAUCUAUUGAUAGCUUCGUAACUGUAGUGUUUCUUUGGCUUCAGUUCGCCCUGUAAUCCCUCAUUUGUGUCAUUGUUCCCCUCUGUUUGUACAGAAAAUAAUGUCGUGAUGUAAAAAUUGUGGCCUUUUUGUCAUGUCGCAUUAAAAUGUAACACUGUUGUUCAAUAUUACAUUUUAAGUCAUAUUACAGUAUAUAGCAUUAUAUUAAUUUGUGAUGACAUUAAAACUAUAUAUUUAAUUUUACAAAUAAAAAAUGAACGUGAAGGUGGAAAUUUCACAUACAGAUAUAUAUUGAUAUAUUUAUUUGGUAUAACAUUCAGUUAAAAUCAUUACUAUUAUCUCUUACCGAAAUUACAUUACAUUAAAACAUUAUACAUACAAGUACAUUAAAACUCAAUGCAAUUUAGCAACGUACAUUGUUUAAUCUUAUUCAUGUCAAAAUUACCUCUUCAGGAAUAUACAUUUUUAUGGAUUCAAGAUAUCAAAACAAAUGUAUAUAUUUACCUUGUUUUAAUGAAUCUUGGAAACCUUAAAUUCCAACAGCAAUUAAACUUUUCCAUAAUGAUUCAAUAGGAUUAAAUCAAUUGAGUUUUAUAAUUUAAUCUAUUCAAUAUAAUUUAACUGUUUAAUAUUUUACUGUAAUGAAGUUUGAUUACAUAACUAUUUACUAUGAUUGUUAAGAGAAAUUUAAUAUGGUUCAAUGCACGUAAACUAACUGUUUGGACAUUUUUAAGCUGUUUUUAAAGUGUGAGUUAUUAUAUUUUCAACAUAACACUAACAGUUGUUGUCACUUACUUGGUGAUAUGGUGAAUCUUAUAGAGUAUUAAAUGUAAUUUUGAUGUCACGCGUGAGCCUUUUAUGUCUACAUGUGAACUCAUAGCUAUUUAUUUACAUUAUAAUGUUCCUGGAAGAGACAAAUUACGUAAAUCUAUUUAAUUUUUAAUUAGUUACGAAAUAAAACCCUAACAUAAGAAUUGCAUAAAUGCUCUCGAGAUUGUGUUCCUUUUCCAAUUUCAUAGUCACAAUUACGCGAUUGAAUUUGUGCUCAUGUAAGUCGGUACAAUCUGCAUGCUAAUAUAGAUGUAGGUGUGCGGUGUGCGGCGAUGGGCGGGGCCUGUACAUGUACAUACAUACAACAUAUCCUCGGUGUGACUGUGCCGUAGCAAUGGGACUAAAAGCUUUAUUCAGGGGAGGAACCGAUUAAGUGAUCACCUGACUCUUAUUUAUGUGUUCAGCCAUAGUAUUGCUAGUACUUGAUAUGGUCACGGAGUGUGUGUGAGUGAAAUUUUGUGUGUCUGUGUAGUUUGAUUAUUAUUUGUUAACAGAAACCUGUUGUUGCAUUAAUCUGGGGAGGACAAUAGUACAGGACAUAUUAUAUUCUCAUCUUUGGCUAUUACAUUUUUUUUUAAUUUUGACACCAAAGUGAUAUAUUUAGAGAUACCAAUAACUGAAGUGUAAGUCACCAGGUGUACCUGGACCGGAAGGAAAGUGAGUUUGUAACGCGCGAACAUGUUUCUUGGAUGACUAAUGUACGUAUCACUCGAGCCAUCUGACCCUCACUAUUUUUCUCUUCGGCUUUUUAUUCAGUUUUGCUAUCUUAUACGACCUACAAUAUGUAGGAUUUUUUAACAAUUUUAUUUUAACUUGAGUAAAAUAUUAUUAUAAUGGUCAGGGGAACACCUUUAAUGUUCUGUAUGUAUAUUUUAAGCUAUAGUUAAUGACAUUAGUAUAUAAAUUACAUAAAUUGCUUUUGGCAACAUUUGAAAAUUUUCAUAAUUUUAGUUAAUAAUUUUAAUAAAACGUAUCAUUGUUUAACUAGGUUCAAAGCUAACGCAUUUUAUGUAUUUCAGAAUUCUGUAUGACAGACUGAACAAAUGUGUGUAAAAAUAAAACACUCUGAAAACAUAUUGCACUCUUUUCUUUAGAGUAAAACAUUGACUCAAAUCAAUGCAUUUUCUCUGAAAACGUGUUACAUCGUAAACUAAAUUUAUUUAAACUAGUAAGUAGUCUUCCACGGUAAAUUCGUUUUAAAAAUAUGAGUACAUGUUUUAUAAAAAAGUGAAUUACUUUUCUGCAGAACUGUUUACACGAGGAAUCAAUAAUUCUAUUAAUUUAUCUUAAUAACGUGUAAUGCAUGAAUUUAGUGAUUAAAUGCUAUUUUAUUUUAUUUUUGUUACAUUAACGAACGUGAAUGACAGUUUAGUUUUACCGCUCAAUAACAGUUACAGUUUAGAAAUAAAAUAUAUAACUUUAACAUUACAGUUUAUGAAGUUAUAACUAUUGACGAUAUGUCGCACAGCUAGUGUUAAUUUUGGUACCUCAAUAUUAUGACUGAAUAUAAAUGUACAUAUCCUAGACAAGUCACGUGGUUUCUCCUCCAUCACUGUUUCUGUAUUUAUCAAUGUACAUUAGAGCUUGGGCUUUCCGCUUCCUCCAACGUUCAUCAAAUGGUUUUUAGAAACAUUUACCUAUGUUUGAGAGGCUGGUGUAUACAUAAGCGUAGGACUAAACACUAAAUCUGCUGCCCUGGCACAAAACACAUACUUCUUGCAGCACAAUUUAUAGUUCACUAUACUAAGAUAUUUUUUCUUAACUUUUAUAAAACAUACAUUUCACAUAAAUAAUAAAAUUAGGUAAUAGAAAGCUUUUUGUAACGUUUAUAAACAAAUAUUUAGCUCAAAAUAUAUUUUAACGGACAAUGUAACGCAAUUUGUUUAAAAUAUAUUCUAAGAGUUCAUAAUUCAAUAAUUCCUUAUAAUUAUUGCCAAUAAGGCGAAUCACAUACUUAGAUAAGAACAUAAUGUGAAGGUAACUAAAAGACUUGUUUCAAUUACUUUUAAGUAUUAGUCUAUAAUUCAAAGCGAGUACAACUAUUUAAAAACUAAUCUUACUUCUUAAUAUAUUUAAAAUAAAAAUUAAUUGGUUCAUAAUAAAAGAUUUGUAAUGAAAAAUAUGUUACCAUACUCCCUCUGUUAUCUUUUUAUAGUCUUAAAACCGUAAGUCACCUGUAUGAAUAUUUUGGAAAACUUUUAGUACAUUGAAACUAUCUCACAUGUAAAAUAACUCUAAUAUUUUUGUUUCUAUAGAAGAGAUGUUACUUUUACUGGAUAGCUUUGUUUAGAGUAAUUUUGUUCAACACACCGCAACAUAUUUAAAACUUUACUACGAAUUAUUCAGUUAUACUUUUGAAAACUUAACAUUUCUAAUAUUAAUUAACGAUUAAUGCCUUGAAUCAAUAAUAUAAGUAAGGCAGUAAAGGACUUUCAUGGUAAGUAAGUGGGAAUUCAUUAGUUUCCUGGCUUAAAUAAUAUAAAUCAUUUUAGGUGUUUGAAUAUAUAUUUUUUUUACCAAAAUAUACUUUUAUGAUUUAUUUAAGAGAUUUCUAGAAAAUUAAAUUAUUAUGAUAAGUCAUAUCCGUGUAACAAUUAUUUGCAGUAAUAAAUUGUUUGUCUUUAAAUUUUUUAAACUCCAGUUUGUUUGAACAUAGGAGUAUUAAACAUAACAUCUGCUUUAGGUGUGUAAGAAACAAAGAGUACAGUCAUAGUUGUUUUGAAUUUCUUGUAUAUAAUCUAUAGAUCAGCUGUAUAUAUGUUAUGUUAUUGUAUAGUGCUUUGCAUUCUACAAACUGUUUGAUGACUCGGCCUUCACCACAUUAUUGUAUAGUUCUGUUUGAAAUACAGCUAAAUACCAUCUUUGCAA